AUGCUAAAAACUGAUAUGUUCCGAUAUCUUCGCCAAGGGAAUCAAUAUUUCAGGGCCUUGUCGAGAAUAACUAUACCGUUCAAGAGAUUCCAAAGUUCUAUUUCCUUGGACCCACUCCCGCAAGCACCAUUAAUUCAGAGACAAUUGCUGUCGUUAAAACCUAUCAAACCUAACGAUUCCUUCGUUUCAUGCACAGUGUUUAAUGGAAAGGGAGAUGUUAUUGCAGUCUCUCAAAAGUUUCAAAAAUGGGCAUUCCUAAGAGAUCAUAAACUAUACCCAAGAGAUCUUAGAAAAAUUGACACCACACAAGUGGAUAUUAUUCCUAGUAUUGUCGUGAAACCAAAUUGCAUUGUUGUUAACAUGUUACAUAUUAAAGCAUUGAUUGAGAAGAAUAAAAUUUUCGUGUUCGAUACCACCAACCCUUCUGCCGCUGUAAAAUUGGGGGUAUUAAUGUAUGAUUUGGAGUCUAAAUUAUCUGCAGCAACUGGUACCAUGGGUACCCAAUUUUAUGAACAUCGGGCUUUAGAAAGUAUGUUGAUCAAUGUGAUGAGCUCGUUGGAAGCAGAAUUCAAAUUGCAUUAUACUAUCUGUAGCCAGAUAUUAUCAGAAUUGGAGAAUGAAGUUAACCGAGAUAAAUUAAGAGAAUUAUUAAUUAAAUCUAAAAACUUAUCUUUAUUUUAUCAAAAAUCGUUACUUAUUAGAGAAGUCCUAGAUGAGUUAUUGGAAACUGACGAUGACCUUGCUGCGAUGUAUCUAACGGUAAAAAAGACCGAAAAGGAUGAUUUUGCUGAAUUAGAAAUGCUUUUGGAGACAUAUUAUACUCAAUGUGAUGAAUUCGUGCAGCAGGCUGCAUCCUUAAUACAAGAUAUUAAGUCUACCGAAGAAAUCGUGAACAUUAUAUUGGAUGCUAAUAGAAACUCUUUGAUGCUUUUAGAAUUGAAAAUAACUGUUUAUACUUUAGGAUUCACGGUAGCAACGUUAUUACCAGCAUUCUACGGGAUGAAUUUGAAAAACUUCAUCGAAGAUUCUUACUGGGGAUUUGGGUUUGUCGUUGUAUUCUCAGCAAUAGCUGCAUUCAUGGUAACUGGGGCUAAUUUUAGAGCAAUGAGAUCUGUCACGAAAUUAACCAUGUUACAUGACCAGCCUAAGAUGAUCCCACCACCAGCAAAGCAAAUGAUAGAUCCAACACUAAGAGAUAAUACCGCAAAAACUUCAAAGAUAUGGCAACGAUCUAAAAAAAGAUUAAAAUAUAUUUGGCUUGGUGAAAACGCUAACAGGACUGCCAUUUGGACAAAAGAAGACAGAGAUUUGGUGUGGAAGUGGCUGAUAGACGAUAAGAAGGACUAG